AUGUUAUCACGCACAUUUUUUCGGGUGCAACGGAAAAUACCGUUUUAUCCUAUAAAUCCGAAGAAUCCACUUGUUUUCUUCGAUAUCUCCGUUGGCUCCCAACCAGCCGGUCGCAUUGAAAUGGAGCUUUUUAAGGAUAUUGUACCCAAAACAGCAGAAAACUUUCGAGCCCUUUGUACCGGCGAAAAAGGAGUGGGUCGGUCGGGAAAAACGCUGUGUUACAAAGGCAGCAAGUUUCACCGAGUCAUUCCACAAUUCAUGUGUCAGGGCGGGGAUUUCACCAAUGGAAAUGGCACUGGUGGCGAGUCCAUCUAUGGGUUGAAGUUCCCCGAUGAAUCAUUUGCGGGUAGAGCUGGAAAGCACUUCGGCCCGGGAACGCUCUCUAUGGCCAACGCCGGACCCAAUACCAAUGGGUCUCAGUUUUUUAUCUGCACCGCGCCUACUGAAUGGCUGGAUGGAAAGCAUGUGGUAUUCGGUCAAGUCACAAAAGGAUACGAGGUAAUUGAAAAGGUGGAAACCAAUGGCAGUCGGUCAGGGGCUACCCGUCAACCAAUUGUUAUUACCGACUGUGGUGAAAUGAAAAAUAAUUAA